AAAGGCCUCAGGCUUGCUCGCCCUUUAGCACACAACCACACCGCUCCGCGCUCCCUGUCGUCUCCCCCGCUCGUCCGCCCCGCGCGGCCGUUUCACCUUUCUCCCCACCGCUUCCCAUCUCUCCAGCGGCGACGACUCCUGCGGAGAUACACAGAGAUGAGGACGAGGAGCGGGUCCCGGUAUUCUAACGGCGGCGAGGUCGUUGCCUUGGUGGGGCAGAAGAGGAAGAGGUCGGCGUUGGCCGUCGCCGGUGAGUGCGCCUGCGGCGGGCGCAGGAAGCGGCUUGCCGGUGGGCCGGACUACCUGGACGCGCUCCCCGAUGACCUUGUCCUCUCCAUCCUGACCAAGCUCGCCGCCUCCUCCUCGGCGCCGUCCGACCUGCUUUCCGUCCAUCUCACGUGCAAGAGGCUCAACGAGCUCGGCGGCCAUGACAUGGUGUUCGCCAAGGCCUCGCCGGCGUCGCUGGCCGUCAAGGCGGCGGCGUGGUCCGAGCCGGCGCAGAGGUUCCUCAAGCGCUGCGCCGACGCCGGCAACCUCGAGGCCUGCUACAUUCUCGGCAUGAUUCGGUUCUACUGCCAGGGCAGCCGCAGCGGCGGCGCGGCGCUGCUGGCGAGAGCGGCCGUUGGCGGGCACGCCGCGGCGCUCUACUCGCUGGCGGUGAUCCAGUUCAACGGCAGCGGCGGCGCUAAGUCGGACCGCGACCUGCGCGCGGGGGCGGCGCUGUGCGCGCGCGCGGCCGCGCUGGGUCACGUCGACGCGCUUCGCGAGCUGGGCCACUGCCUCCAGGACGGCUACGGCGUGCGGCGGGACCCCGCUGAAGGCCGCCGCCUCCUGGUCGCCGCGAACGCCCGCGAGCUCACCCUCGCACUCUCCGCGGCGACCGCCUCGCGCCACGCCGUCACCGCGCUACCCUUCGCCGCGGCUGCUGCUGCUGCCGCCGCCGCGGGCGGCGUCGGUGGCGGCGGGUGCCCGCUCCUGUCGGACUUUGGGUGGAGCCUCCCCGAGGCGGAGCCCCACGCGGCGAACCAGUUCAUGGUGGACUGGUGGGCCUCCCGCUGCGCCGCCCAGGCCGGCGGGAAGAAGCCCGACGGCGACAGCAGCGGCGUGGACGGCAGCGACGGCGCGGAGCUCCGUCUGUGCUCCCACGUACGGUGCGGGCGGCGCGAGACGCGGCGGCACGAGUUCCGGCGGUGCUCCGUGUGCGGCGCGGCCAACUACUGCUCCCGCGCGUGCCAGGCGCUGGACUGGAAGCGCGCGCACAAGGCGCAGUGCGUGGCCAUGGACCGGUGGCUCCUCGCCGGCGUUGGCGGCGGCGGCGAGGUCCCGCAACCGCAGCAGUGAGGAAACGCCGUUUCUCCCAACGGCUGACAUGACGUACCAGCACUCCCCUAAACCGGGGCCGGACCACGGCUCCGCCGCAGCGGCCGUGCCGGUCGGCCCACCGUAGACCGGGCGUAGCGAAAAGGCGCGCAGGAGGAGGAAGGCGUUUCACGGCUGUUUUUUUCUCUCUUUCCACCGCACCAGCUGAUGAAUUGAAUGAGGUUUCUCGCUGCCGUUUGGGCCCGGGUGUCGUCUUUGUCAGAUGUACGUAUUCUACUAGGAAAAAGCAGUAGAGAUCCUCUUUUGUUUUUGUAAUCUUCUGGUAUUUCUAAAAGCUAGAAGCGGAGUACUAGUAGAAUUCCAAUUUCCAAGCCAUUUUGUAAUGGAGCUUUGGAGUUGAGGUUUCCAUGGUGUUUUUCUGU